UCGCUCCGAGAAAAGGAGCGCAGUUAAUCACCUCGAGACGAACGGCAGAACGACGAGAUGGCGGAGUGAGUGGGUUGCGCUUUGGAAAGAAAGUGGCAGCUCGUUAUAUUUCUUUAAUAUUGCAACAGAAAAGGAUACUUCGUUUAUGUAUGCUUAAAUCAUCGGAAUAUAACCUUCAUCCGAGGAUAAAAUCGCCCCUCUGUUUGAGGUGGUUUAGAGAACGCGUCGAAAACUGUCCUUCCUCUCUGCUAGAGGCUAGCUGGCUUAGCGAGUUUAUGGCGUGCUAGUAGCUAACGCGAUUGGAAAAUUGGAAGUUAAUCGAUUGGAUUUAAGGUUAAUAACCGCGUCGUCGAAACACACUUUGAGGCAGAAUUUACUUGUUUGUCUCCAGAUGAGCCUAAAUAUCAGAAUUUCAUGAUUGUAAGUAAUAGUAACUUAGAUUCCAGAUAGAUAGCAACUGUUCGUUAGCUAGCUAGUUAGCGUUGUUUCAGGCGAACUGAAUCGAACAAUAGACAGAUAGCUGUAUGUCCCUAAACUAAUCGCUUUCUAGUAAUAAGCAGAUUAAAGGGACACUUUUUUUUAUUAGAAGACGCCGUUGUUUUACUUCGAUUGAGUGUUUCUAGGAGCUCGAAAGACAUGGCUAGUAGCAGUGGUUCUAAGGCCGAAUUUAUAGUCGGUGGGAAAUACAAGCUUGUCCGAAAAAUUGGAUCUGGAUCAUUUGGUGACAUUUACUUGGCAAUCAACAUCACAAACGGAGAGGAGGUCGCAGUAAAACUGGAGUCGCAGAAAGCCAGACACCCACAGCUCUUGUAUGAAAGCAAGCUGUAUAAAAUUCUUCAGGGGGGAGUUGGAAUUCCACACAUCAGGUGGUAUGGCCAAGAAAAGGACUAUAAUGUUCUAGUGAUGGAUCUCCUGGGUCCCAGUCUGGAGGAUCUCUUUAACUUUUGCUCCCGCAGAUUCACAAUGAAAACAGUUCUUAUGCUUGCAGAUCAGAUGAUCAGCAGAAUUGAGUAUGUGCACACAAAAAAUUUCAUCCACAGAGAUAUCAAGCCAGACAACUUUUUAAUGGGUAUCGGUCGUCACUGUAAUAAGUGUUUAGAAUCUCCAGUGGGGAAGAGGAAAAGAAGCUUGGCUGUUAGUUCUUCUCAGGACCCAUCUUUCUCAGGAUUAAACCAGUUGUUCCUUAUUGACUUUGGCUUGGCCAAAAAGUACCGAGACAACAGGACACGACAGCACAUUCCUUACAGAGAAGACAAAAACCUCACAGGCACUGCUCGCUAUGCCAGCAUCAAUGCACACCUGGGCAUUGAGCAGAGUCGCCGGGAUGACAUGGAAUCACUAGGCUACGUGCUGAUGUACUUCAACAGAACCAGCCUGCCCUGGCAAGGAUUGAAGGCUGCCACAAAGAAACAGAAGUACGAGAAGAUUAGCGAGAAGAAAAUGUCAACUCCUGUCGAAGUGUUGUGUAAGGGUUUUCCGGCAGAGUUUGCCAUGUACCUGAAUUACUGUCGUGGGCUGCGUUUUGAGGAAGCACCUGACUACAUGUACCUGCGUCAGCUGUUCCGAAUUCUCUUCAGGACUCUGAACCACCAGUAUGACUACACAUUUGACUGGACCAUGCUGAAGCAGAAAGCAGCACAACAGGCGGCUUCCUCAGGGGGACAGGGGCAACAGGCACAAACCCCCACAGGCAAGCAAACUGACAAACCCAAGAGUAACAUGAAAGGUUUCUAAGCAUUAAGGUGAUUUAAUGAAGCAGAGCAGAAGAGUGGUCGUAGCAGGAUUUGCCUUCCAACCAUACCUUGGCAUUUCGGAUUAAUUUCACCAAAACCUGCCAGGCACUGUGGGGCAACCCUUAUCCUGUUAAGAACUUUUGUUUCAUAAACUACAUAUGUAAUCGGCAUAUAUAGAUAACAUGCUCUGCAUAUAUCUAUAUAUUGGUAUGUAUAUACUAUAUCCAUAAAGAGAGCAAGCUUGGUAUGGAAUUUGAAGCUGUAGCCUUUUCUAUCCUGUCCCUGAAGACUUUUUCCCCUUUUCUUUUUCUUCAAAAUGUAUGACUAGAAAAUGAUUGAUUCUCUGAGGAUAUAAUUGUGCACAUGCCAAUAUUUUCCUGGAGUUUUCUCAUUCAGGUCAAUGGCUUGGGUUCCCACUUCAUUCUUGUAUUGUCACUGGCUGUCAAAUUCAAAUUCUUCAGAUGGGAAACAUUUUUCUCCUUUUUUUUUUUCCCCCUUUGUUAAGCAAAGUUGAGAUGUAUGAGUAAAUCUGUUUUUGUUAUAAAGAAAUCCUAUUACUAAGCAGACAUUGUUCUUUUUCCUCUUAAAAGGUAAUUAAGGUUCUGCCUGCUGAUCUGUGCUAGAAGAGCUUCUAAUGUGAAGAUAAAAAAAUUCUAGUGACUACUAGAUUCCUCUUUAGAACGCUGCAUUAACUGUUAUUGUACUUGAUAUUCUGAAUUCAAAAAAUUAAUAAAAGAAUGAAAAUCCACAAAAGCAUAUUCAUUAUAAAUUAGGCAUCACUCCAGCAAACCUGUAAAUGCUUAGAUGAAAAAGUAUGUGUAAAUUAUCUGGGUUUUUUAUUCUGAAAAAUUGUUAAUUGACAAACUAUUCAUUAACUAUGAUGGCCAUGGAUGUGUGUGGUGGGUUUUUUUUAUUUUUUUAUUUUUAUUUUUAUUUUUUUUUUUUUUUUUGGUGGAGGUGGGGGGGGUGGUGUCGGGUUACUCCACCUUUCCUAUAAUGAUUUUGCGUUUUUAAUGAUGGAAAAGCAGUCUUUCGGUUUUAGUUGUCACUUCCUAAAUUCUAUAUAGGAUUACUUACUUUGGGGUAAAGUAGUGGGUUUUUUGGGGGGGGUGUGUGGGUCCCCCCCCCCCACUUUAUAUAUAAAGUCCUUAGUACUUUGUCCUUUUAUUAUUGGGGGUGUAUUGUUAAUUUUGUUUUAGAUAUAAUUUCAGGUCUUGUAAGGAAAUGCAUUGAAUUUCUGUUUUUAGCCACAAGGCAUAAGUAACUUGGAUGUGGGGUUUUUUUUUUCCCCUUUCUUUUUUCCUUCCACUUUUUUUUUGGUGUGUGGAGGAUGGUUUUACUCCUCCCUCCCACUAAGCCCCCCACCCCACCCAGUUCCUAUUCUCUGACCCAGCUUACACUAUUUACUGCUGGAUGUUCUAUAAAGUGUAACUUAUUCCCUUUUAGCAUGUUGAAAUAAAUUAAAAAUGACUUCUGAGAACUGCUGGCCCAGUCUGUAAUUUAAAGGGAAUGUGCAGAACUGCUAAUUGUACUUAAUGUCCCUUUCCAUUUUGUUCUGCUACUGAAGGAGUGAAGAUCCUUCAAAUUGUGCUUAAAGAGGGCGCAAUCUUUUAAUGGAAAACUCAACCUGUAGUGUGUGAAGUAUUAAUACUAGAGACAUGAGGGACCUAGAAGUGGACUGAAUGCAUUGCUGUAACUUACAGAAGCAGCUCCUGUAAAGUGAAUGUGAGAGUAGAAUCGGAGUAGUUACAUAUGCGUUUACAUUUCUGCCUAUUAAAAUGGAUUCAAAUGGCAAA